AAAAAGGAACAACAAAAAUUAUUUGAAACUCUUAUCUUCCUCCUUCAUUUGAGUUUGCCCUCUUAUACUUUUCUUUGGUGUUUAAUUGAUUUGAAUCUUCCUUAUUCAUUCUCCUCGGCCUGCAAUACAAUAAUGUGAGAAAGCUCAAAAUUUUUGUUGCACACAUGUUGUGUAUGUCCUAAAGAUAUGAGAAAAAAUAUUUCCUUUGAUUGAUCCCAAUGACAAAGUCAAAGGAAAAUCUCGAAUCGUAAAAAUGGACGUAAAAACGCCAUUGCUGACAACGGAAAAACCGAAUCCCACGAAACAAAUACGUAGAAACUCAAUCAACAACCUCAAAUCUGAUUUCUUGUCUAAUUUGCCUGACAAAGUUAAGUCACAGCUUGAUCCUGAGGCCCCUUUUCAUGUUCAUUUUUCUAAUUCAUCUUGCUUAACUCCAGGUGAGAAGGAUUAUUAUGAAAGACAAUUUGCCACAUUGAGGUCAUUUGAGGAAGUUGACUCGCUCGACUCACCAAACGUGAUCGAUGAAGAAAUUGAUCGUCAAGAACAGGCACAACAUGAGAGAGCAAUGAAUAUCUCCAAUUGGGCUAAUGUAUUCCUCCUUGCAUUUAAGAUUUAUGCCACAGUACAAAGUGGGUCUUUGGCCAUUGCAGCAUCAACCCUCGAUUCUUUACUCGAUCUAAUGGCUGGCGGAAUAUUAUGGUUUACUCACUUGUCGAUGAAGAGCAUAAACAUCUAUAAAUAUCCUAUUGGAAAAUUGCGAGUUCAACCGGUCGGGAUCAUCAUCUUUGCUGCCAUUAUGGCAACUCUUGGCUUUCAGGUGCUAAUACAGGCCGUUGAGCAGCUGAUCAAACACGAGCCCUCGGAAAAAAUGACCUCAUAUCAACUGCUAUGGCUGUAUGUGAUUAUGCUAGCUGCAACAGCCGUAAAAUUUGUUCUGUGGAUUUACUGCCGAAGCUCGGGAAACAAGAUUGUUCGUGCUUAUGCUAAGGAUCAUUAUUUCGAUGUGGUGACGAACGUGGUGGGUUUGGUGGCGGCUGUUCUUGGAAAUCGAUUUUACUGGUGGAUCGAUCCAGCUGGCGCUAUAGCUUUAGCCGUAUACACUAUUACGAAUUGGUCGGGGACUGUGCUGGAAAAUGCAGUUUCACUUGUCGGACAAUCUGCCCCUCCGGAGGUACUGCAAAAACUUACUUAUCUUGUUCUAAGGCACGACUCGAAGAUCAAGCGUGUAGAUACAGUGCGUGCUUACACUUUUGGCGUUCUUUAUUUUGUCGAGGUUGAUAUAGAGCUUCCAGAGGACUUGCCGUUGAUUGAAGCUCAUGCCGUUGGGGAAUCGCUGCAGAUAAAGAUUGAAGAACUGCCUGAAGUCGAGAGGGCAUUUGUUCAUCUAGAUUACGAAUGUGAUCAUAAGCCCGAACACACGAUUCUUAGUAAACUCCCCAGUAGUGACCCUUAAGCUAUCAAAUGUCUACUCAUGUUGUUGUACACUUGUAUUUGCUGCUUGUAAUGUAAUUGCCUGUAUGCCAUACUGAGUUGUUGGCUUGAAGAUUAUUGU